AUGUCACUGACCACCCCGCCAAACAUCACCUCACACAGUGUGGAUCUGUGGGCAGUUUGUGUUCUGGUUCAGAUUCAGGUUCAGGUUCAGGUUCUGGUUCUGGUUCAGGUUCUGGUUCUGGUUCAGGUUCAGGUUCUGAUUCAGGUUCUGGUUCAGGUUCAGGUUCAGGUUCUGAUUCUGGUUCUGGUUCUGGUUCUGGUUCUGGUUCAGGUUCAGGUUCUGGUUCUGGUUCUGGUUCUGGUUCUGGUUCUGGUUCAGGUUCUGGUUCUGGUUCUGGUUCUGGUUCAGGUUCAGGUUCAGGUUCAGGUUCAGGUUCAGGUUCAGGUUCUGAUUCAGGUUCAGGUUCAGGUUCAGGUUCUGAUUCAGAUUCAGGUUCAGGUUCAGGUUCAGGUUCAGGUUCUGAUUCAGAUUCAGGUUCAGGUUCAGGUUCAGGUUCUGAUUCAGAUUCAGGUUCAGGUUCAGGUUCAGGUUCUGAUUCAGAUUCAGAUUCAGGUUCAGGUUCAGGUUCAGGUUCUGAUUCAGGUUCAGGUUCAGGUUCAGGUUCUGAUUCAGAUUCAGGUUCAGGUUCAGGUUCUGAUUCAGAUUCAGGUUCUGAUUCAGGUUCUGGUUCUGGUUCAGGUUCAGGUUCAGGUUCAGGUGAGGAUGAUCUGUCUGUGGUGGAUCCUGUUUAAAACGCUGGCUGUUCUGGCUGAAGCUGCGACUUCUUCAGGAAGUGCUGAGGCUAAUGCUGCUGCUGCAAACAGAGCUGCAGCUAAUGCAGCCAAUCCAGGAGCAAUGGGUGGAGUUAUUCUCCCGCAGUUGGUUCUCCUUCAGCAGGCUCCGGCUCCGGCUCCGGCGGGUCAGAACCCGGUUCCGAUCGGGCCGGGACUCGUAGCCUUCCCUCUUCUGCCACAGCAGCAGGCCGCCGCCCCCCAGGCUCAGGGCGCCGCCCCCCAGCCUGUGAUGCCGCUGCUGGUUCUGUUGCCACAGGCUAAUGUAGCAGGUAACGGGCAGCCAGCCCCGCCCCUCCAGUUAAUUCCUUUAUCUGGGCUGAACCUCCAGCAGGGCGGCGCUGCAGCUGCAGCAGGAAAAGCUCGAGUGAAGCACUCUGUCAGUAACUGGUUGUUACGUCCUGCAGAAGACGUUACUACGGUGACCCAAAGUCCAUCGGCUUCAGUUUCUGCUGCUGCUGAUUUUUAAAACUUCCCGGUUUUCAGCAGCAGGACGAACAAACACACGGGACCCGCCCCACCGCCUGCCUGACCCGGCCCACCGCCCGCCUGACCCGGCCCACCGCCCGCCUGACCCGGCCCACCGCCCGCCUGACCCGGCCCACCGCCCGCCUGACCCGGCCCACCGCCCAGUCUGUUCUGCUGCUGGAUCCAGUUCUGAUUAUUUUAACCCAGACCUUCAUUUAUUUACCUGUCUGAUCUAAUAAAGCUCUAAUUAACUCUA